CCUGUCUUCAUAAAGGACCACGCCUGUGCCUUGAACAGCUUGUUCAGACGAACCCAACCCAGCCAUGUCUGAAAAGAUUGAAGGUACCAUUUUUGUUUCGUCUUUACAUCCGCCUGUCCAUCUGCCUGUCUACCUAUCUGUCUAUGGACAUACAGAGCACACCACAUGUACCACAAUAUGCCUCUUUUGCUUCCAGAUGAGCACCUCUGAGCACCUUAUUGGUUUUACUUGACCCCAUCCAGGCACGGGACUGAGUUCGCCUCUCCAUUUUUGUAACACACCCGCACUUAAAUCCAAACAACAAAUUUAUUUUUCUUACCGGGGAACCACACCCAC